CAAGGCAUACGGCCCCGACUUCAGCUAGGCGACACUAACGACAACACCGGCGUAGACGACAUGGCCGACCAAAAGACCCCCGCCAACCCCAUGAAGGAGCUUCGUAUCGAGAAGCUCGUUAUCAACAUCUCCGUCGGUGAAUCUGGUGAUCGCUUGACACGAGCGUCGAAGGUGCUGGAACAGCUCACCGGCCAGACGCCCGUCACAUCGAAAGCCCGCUACACCGUCCGAACGUUCGGCAUUCGUCGUAACGAGAAGAUCGCGGUGCACGUCACCAUCCGGGGGCCCAAGGCGGAGGAGAUCCUUGAGCGUGGUCUGAAAGUGAAGGAGUACGAGUUGCGCCGCAGGAACUUCUCGGAGACGGGCAACUUCGGUUUCGGUAUCCAGGAGCACAUCGACUUGGGGGCGCGGUAUGAUCCUGGUAUCGGUAUCUUUGGUAUGGAUUUCUACGUCGUGAUGGGCCGGCCGGGUCAGCGGGUGGCACGGAGAAAGGCCAAGAAGGCCCGUGUUGGCUCGCAACACCGAGUGAAGAAGGAGGACACGAUGGCAUGGUUCAAGCAGCGGUUCGAUGGUAUCAUCCUGAAAUAAACCGUUAUUCCUCUACUUCGCUUUGCUCUGCUAUCACUUCUUAUGACAUGUCGCGAGCCAUGUAUUAUGCACGCAGUUCAAAACUGUCCUUUCCUCAUGGGCUAUGCUUUCCUGUAAUCAUGAGCGCCUGCGUCGGGGAGGAAGUCUGGAGAAGUCCACACUGAGCCCUAGCUGACCAAAGAGACCGUUUGGCGACUGCACGGAUGCAGCCAAAAUGGUGCGUUGGACUUAUGUGCAUACACAUGGGGGUACAGGAGACGCCCACCAAGG